AUGAAAAUCAUAACCUGGAAUGUCAAGGGCUGUAAUGCCCUUGAUAAAUGUCGAUUGAUCAAACGAGGGUUGGAUCAAUUACGGCCAGAUGUAGUUCUUUUACAAGAAACAAAGAUGGAUAAAGUGGAAGCAAAGACUCUUAUGGGAACUUGGAAGCAGUGGUCGGGGGUCUUUGUGGAUUCGGAGGGCACAUCGGGAGGGCUGGGUAUCCUUUGGAAUUCAAAUAUUCAAAAGGUGGAGGAAGUUAUGGUCUCCAAUAUGUGGCAGGUAUGUAAGUUCCACUCUUAUCCUCUAAAUGUUGACUUCACAAUAAUCAAUGUUUAUGGACCGUCAAAAUCUACGCUGCAAAUUUUUUUUUGGAGAACCCAGUCCUCCCUCAUUUGGGAUCUGGAGGGGGAUCUUCUGAUCAUCGAGGAUGACUUCAAUGCUAUUUUGGAACUGAGUGAUAAACUGGGGGGCAAGGGUGAAAUUCCUGCGAACCUAGCACAUUUUCAAAAUUUUGUGACAGAAAAUGGUCUCAGGGAAAUCAAGUCCAAGGAAGGCCAGUAUACAUGGUCAAAUCAAAGGAUCUCAGGACAACAUGUUUCAGAGAAGCUGGACUGA